AUGACAUCCCAAGUACAAGAGAAUACUCCGACGUCAGACUGGGAGACCGUAAGGUCGACCAUGACGAUGUCGGAGGCCUGUGCGUGGGAAUCACUCGAUGUUGAAUCCGUGAUUGAUGGGGUUUGCCACCCCGUAUCCACCACCUCCCCCCAACCUCCUCUUGGUCUCGAGGUUUCACCUCCUCGAACUAUCAGAGUGACCGCCUCCCCUCUCCCCUCUCCUCCCUCGACUCCUCCUUUCACUCCUUUCGCAGUCUUCUCGACUGAGGAGAUGAACAGAGUUCCUCUUCCCUCCUUCUCGAUGCCUCUCCGUUCCGACCCUCCCCCACCCCCUCAACCAUGUCCUCCAGAGAUCCCCAGAGAGGACUCCAUGCCUGUUUCUGUAGGAGUGAGACAGUCGGUAGAAGGUGGCGACCGAACGGUUGGUGGCAGUGGCACCGGAGGUGAAGGAAGUGCCUCGAGCACUAAAGAGGAGAAGAAAAGAAAGAGUGGAGACUUGUCCUCUUCGGGGGACGAGUCUUCAGGGCCAGUGACUCCUAAGAAGAGAGUCACGUACUUGCCCACCCCUUCUCCCUCUCCCACCAAGAGGAAGAGAGGGCGACCGCCCAAGCCGGUCGCACCUCCUCCUCCUCUCUUCUCGGGUGCGUCUGUGGUGCCAACACCGCAGACGUUCUGGGAGGUGAUCGAGGCCCAAUCCUGGGAUGAGAUCGACAGGAUCACCAGGAAAGGGUGGAAGGUACCUCAACGAGGACCGGCCAGGGAAGUAUGGUCUAGGAAAGAGGAUGAGUAG